UUUGAACCGAAGCCGCUUCUCUUAGCCGCGUUCUUACUUCUCUUAUUUUUUAUUUAUUUUUGAAUUCUAACAUACAAUAUUACUUUUUUAAUAAGGACAAUGUUAGCCCGGUAAACUGUUAUAAUUUUAAUACAUUUAAGUUACAAAGAAAAAAUCGUUACAAUGAGCAAUAUUGGCACUCCUUACUGGAAGCGGCUAUGGCGUUGGGUUUCCUCUCAAAGCCUUACAAAAGAGGAGUUGGCGAAUGUUUUAGACAAAAGUGUCGUGGAUGCACUUCGCCAAGGACUAGCUAGUUACAAAUCUCAGACACCAGAAUUGUUUGCACAAUUGCAAACAAAAUAUCCUGAUCAGACAAAGCUAUUGAAUGUGGUGCAUACCUUGCAGCACUAUUUAGAUGUAGAUUGUUUUCAAAUAUGGGAAAUCAUGAAGCAUUAUUUGUGUGAUAUAUCAUAUGGUACACCUGCCAAUGCAUUGAAAAAUGUUGCAUUUGUUGACACCAGACCUGCAUUCCUUCUGCCCAAUUGUUGGAGUUUUUACUAUUCUGAGAGAUUAUUCCUCCUGAAACUGUUACAGUAUAUCAUUGAAUUCAAGAAUGAUGUAAACUAUAAAUAUUCCAAGGAAUUUACUAAAAUCAUAGAUGAUAUUGGAGUAGGAAACCUAAAAACUUCCCUUAUAACACAAUUUGAAAAAGUAAUAUUUUCAACUCCACCGCCAAGAAAAAUUCAAAGUGAUUUUGGUAGUGAUUCUGUAAGGCAGGAAUGGGCUGAGUCAAACUUGAAAGAACAAUUGGUAAUUUUACAAACACUUAUGCUGAUAGCAAAUGAAUAUACUUUCACAGAAUCUGAGUUUACGGAUUUGUUUUCAUUAUUCAAGAAACAUUAUUUUGGAAAGAAUCAAGGUUAUAAUGACUUUUUGGAGGAACAACACAGAGAGGCAUGUUUAAGAGUUAUGUACAUGGAAGUUGGUCUCUUCACAGUUAUUUUAGAAUACCAUAAAAUCAAAAAUGUGCCUGCCUGGAUUGAUAAAACAAAAGAAAUCGUAGAAACUGAGCUAACAAAAUUGGAACCUCACGCUGAACACAGUCUCAUGCUGAUUGUUUGGAUGAUGUUAACCUUGCAGAGUGAAUCACAUGUUAAGUUAUUUGAGAGUCAGUACCAGCAAUAUGGGGCAACAGCUUUGCGGAUGAAAGUUUUUAUGUUUAUACAACAGAUGUUAAAUAGUUCUGUAUAUUCGGACGAUUCAAAAUGUGCUCUCAUAAUGCGUCAAAGGGUGUUCCGACUUUUAAACGAACUAUGCGACCGUUUUGAUGGAGACGGUACCAUGAGCCAGCAACCAGGAAUAAUGACAUUAUGCGCUGAUCUAAUCAAAACACCAGCUAUAGCUCAACAGUUUUGGCUGUUCCAUCAAAUGGAAGAGCAAUUCGGUUUAGUGUCACUUUGGCACACAGCUUUGGAGUAUUAUCCAUACAAUUUUAGUGCAUUGUCGAUUAUUUCCGCGGGCUUGGCUGAAGCUGGGAAGGAUAGUGCUCGAAACCUAAUAGCAGAAUUGAAGAAUCUGCCAGUGUACACAGAAAUAUACAAUCCCAACUCAGUACCACUUAUGUCAAUACAAUCGGACAACGCGGUUGUAGGUCGCGAUUAUUAUCCUUUUGGAGACCAAUCGUACCGCAUAGAAGCAGGUUCAAAAGCAACAAUAAUGGAAAGAAAAGAAGGAACCAUGAUUCAUUUCCGUACACCGUAUUCCUAUUGGACUAUCUUUAACAGCGAGGUGGAAAAAGCUUUGGAUCGCAAACAAAAUUAUCAAAACGUAAACACGACUUUAGAGAAAGUUUACGAAGGGACAAAGGUUUUAAAAGGCGUGUUGAAAGCCUUAGUAGGAGAAAAGGAAAUUCCUAAAACUCUAGUUGCACCGAGUGAAGGUGUAUUCGAUAUUUUAGUAAGGUUUAUGAGAUCAGACGCGGCGCCAUUGCAGCUGUUAGUGGAAUGUCUGAGUGUAUGUACGACUUUAGUACCCAUUUUUCCUAAGGAGGUCCAUUUGAGAUUAAUAAACACAGGUCUUCUACCACGUAUAAUAAACCACCAACUAACGCAUGUGGAGUACGCGCACGGUGUGUCGCUAGAUUCCGCAGCAGUGGGAUCUUAUUUGAUCACCAUGGAACAACCUAAUGGAUCCUAUGGCUUUUUGGGCGCUUACAUUGAUAUGCUGUGCUCUUUCCACGAGAUCUCAGAUGAUGAUCGUAUAAUAACUGAAAUUAUACUCCCCGGUUUGGUACUAAUAGUGCACGAGGUAUUCCCGAAUGUAUGCGGGUGGCGUUACAGCAACACAAAUGAACGCAGGCACUUGAUACAGCGAUGUGCGAGGUUCCUAACUCUAGUUCUCCAACAAACUGGGACUAAGCCCAACCUUAUGCUUUUGAAGAAAACGUGCGUAUACAGCCUUAUGCACACGGAAAAUGCUUUGGAAUUAAUGAAGAUCAUAUCAUUUGGAAACGAACGCCUAGAACUCCUAAUUCAAGAUGACACAAACUGGGUAUCAGGUGCCGGUUACAAAUAUACGUGCACUUUACAACGAUGCCUUGCAAUGGUAAUAUUUGCCCUAAGACAAAAAUCCUUAGUUGGUGAAAGUAGCGAAGUAUCGCCGUUGGAACAUCUGAUAUUCGCACAAAAUAAACAAAUAGAUGAACUAAAAGUUGUCCCAAAAGUUACGAGCUACAUCAAUCAUGCGUUCAAUAAAAGUUUAUCUGUACUCAGUUGCCGUCUGUUAAAGCGGUUUGCAGAUGGUUUCCAAAUGUCUUUGUUUGCAUCAUUAGACAUGACAGCUUACCAAGUGCGAGUCAUGUUCCUAGAUCGAUUGCGUGACGAACACGAAACCAUUGAGCUGAAGAUCGCGAUACUAGAGUUUGUUACAACUUGUAUCGGUAAACAACCCGGCCUAACUGAGGCAUUCUUUAUGAUGAACCACGAAAGGGUCCAAGCGGAAGAAAAGGGUGAAGUAAACGGCGAAGUUGUUAAGAAAGAAAAGGAACCGGACGAUAGUUUUGAGGGCAUCUUGGGAUAUAUGGCUGAGUAUCUGGGGACGGUGAAAUCCGAUGCAAAAUUACUCCACAGUCCAUUACUAGGAUGUAUCAUGGCCCUAUUCCACGCGUUAUGGAAAAAUAACAUGCAAAUACUUAUCAAAAAGUUGCGAGAGCACAAUAAAUUUUGGGAAUAUAUGACCAGCCCAUUAUUUAGUGACAUUCAACCCGAAUUGAGAACUUACAGUCAAAUAUUCAACGUUCUCGCCAUCGAACUGUUUGUAUCACGAGGAAAACUGGAACCUAAUUUCCAAGUGAUGUUAGAACUUUUCUUCGACACGAACAAAAAACACCUGGAUAAGUGGAUAGAUUACAUAUUCUCUUUCAAGGACAGAAAAGACGAGGACGAAUUAGUCGAUAAAGUGCCUGUAUGGUUGGGCUUACUUACUUCUUGGAAAGAUUUUAUCACCAUCUUUUGUAAAUACCUCCCUAUAAGUCUGAAUAUUGCUCACAAGGCGAAACUUGUUGCUCCGUGUAUGAACGCCUUACUAAACGAGUUAGAUGAUUUAAAAGAUGGAAGGCUUGUCGCUAUUUUAGCUGAACUUUAUGUUAUUAUGCUGGCUAAUUGGAAAGACGAUUGCUUCGAUAAGGAAAGUGCCAAGCAAGUGGACACUUUGCUAACCAAUACAGCAAUCGUUUACGAAUGCUUAUAUCCCAGAGCGAUACGCGCCAUUCUUUCUAUCGGAACCGUAGCAAUAAGCACUUUGGAUUAUAAAAUAAAAGCGAAUAGUGUCACAGCUCAAAGCAUAAUACGGUCUGUGACAAAUAUAAAUAGUUUGGAACUUGAGAAACUGUUGGACGAAAUAAGAGACGAUAAGAAAUGUAAGGUUAAAACCAACGAUAGUGAAGACAUCCCGCCAAUAGUAUUAUCACUGGCAAUGCUCGAGCAGUGUUUGGACUUAUACGAUGACAUGUUUUCGGGUCUAUCACACUGGUUCCAGUCUACGAAAUUCAUAAACAAGGUCCUCUGUUGCCUGCAAGCCAGUUUGCAGAGUAGACAACAUUAUGACACAUCUUUGGCGGCUUUGAGGUGUUUGACAGCAUAUGCACGAGGGCCCUUUUCAAAAGACUUGCUAAUGAGUGACGUGGAUCAAUUUCUCUGGCUGCACCUAUUGCCGCCGAAAUUCGAGGCACAAUCUAAUGGGAGUACCAAGAAUCCGUUGGCAUGGAAACCUCAGGAGUGGUGGCGGGUCUACGCUUUUAGUUUGGAUUUUAUCUCGAUGAUGGUGAUGAAGCAUGGGCAGUUUUUCGCUGGUGAUGCGAUAACCUUUGUGGGUGUUCACUUGGAGCAUCUAAUAGAAGCUGUACUGUUACCGCGUCAGGUUUACAACAUUGAUGCAUUGAAUUUAUGCGCUUCGAGUUUGAAUCUCGUUGUUCAAUUGGUCAAGUUCGAAUCGAGAUGGCGUAUGGAGAAUAUAAACUCGCUCGUCGGAAUAAUGCGUAGCACCAGUGCUUGCUUGCAUCAGUGUGUAAUGCUUAUUCUACGUGCGCGUCGCUCGCCCGACCUUACUCCACAAGCUGAUGAUAUGGCUCUCGGCCCGGCUCCCACGCAACCCGCAGUUCUGCAUAGAAUUCUAGAAAUACUCCACAUGGCAACGCUAUGUCUCCUCUCAUUUAGUCCAGACUUGCUAUCAUUGCUGGCGGAUCCUCGAUUGGACUUGGAACGAUGGCAACCGGUUGUGGAACUAAGUUUUGGCGCCCCAAAAAUUACUUACGAACAGUUUCCACAACUGACAUUUGGAACUAUACUGUCUGCAAUUUGUUUGCUGACAAAAUCAUUAAAUCACACAUAUCACUCAGAGGAAGGUAGCGGCGGCGGUGGGCGUUCGCCGCGUGGUCGCCGAAGGGCAUGCUCUUGCGGCAGUCCAGGAGGGCCGGUCGAAACAAGGCGAGUGGCCCGCAGCGAGUCCGCCGGCAGUAUUUCGUCCGCUGCUAGUGCUCUGCCCGCACCCAACGAGCGACUAGUAGCCGGCGCGCUAGAAGCUACCAUCACACUACUGGCCUCGCAGGCACUGCUGGCCGUCCGCGACCCGAAUGUCUCAGCGCGACACAAACAGCUCGUACGCCGUGAACUAGGAUCUGAACUGACCGUGUACCACGACUUCGUGCGCAAACGCAUCCUAUGCGCUGCGCACUCGCGACCGCACCUCAUCCGGAACAAACUCGGGGCAUGGCCGCUUACACCCAACGAAGAAGAAGCCAAGAGACUAGAGAUAGCAAGAAAGGAAAAAAACCCGUGCAUCUUUGAAGACGACGACAAAGCUUUACCACCUCCGCCGCCACCAAAAAGAUCCUCGCACGAUUCAAUGCGUGAAUACGUGCUCCGUAAACACUAUUUAGACAAAUGCGCGCAAACACCUACAAAAGAACCGCCCUCCCCCGUUUCCCAUUCUACCCCGACAUCGGACAAGAAGAAAGAAACAUCGAGAAGCUCCAAAAGAGUGUCGUGGGCUGAAACUACUACGGACAGCGACGAGAUUCUCGACAGCUCGUGUGAAGAAAUAGAACCGGUGUAUUCCAAUUUGACAGACGUCCAAAUAAAUAAUGAUGAGGAUUACUUUCAUUUCAUGUCGAUUGUAUUCCUUUACAUAUGCCAAACAGAAUUGUGAGUUCCAUUAUACAAUAAUAGGUUUAAGAAUGAAUUAAAUCAUUUUGCUAUUUUCAGA